GGUUCUCUUCACCUCUGCUAGGCAGCCCCAUACGUUUAGGGCCAGGUAGCAUUUAGGGAAGAUGAUCUGCGUGGGGUUGGCCCAAGAACACUCCUUUCCAAGCCAGUCACCCAGGCGGAGAAGAAACAAGAGGGCAGAUAAUCGCAAGUGAAGGGCAGACGAGCCGUCUGAGGAGGCUGCCCUUGCACGUGAUCGGUUGGGCGUCUACACCCGCGUCUACCUUCUGCCUCGUCUCCACCCACGGGCCUGACUGGCAGGAUUGAGCCCCGGGACAGCACCAGCCUCCCGAGCGCCCGCCCGCGAUGGCGCUGCUCGCCGCUCUCGUCUGCUGCCUGCUGGCGGCCUGGCACGGUGGCCCCGGCCUCGGGCUGCCCCUGGUGCCCGCCCGCGGCCGGAGCCCCGAUCCGGCGGUGGCAGGACAGUUUUGGCAUGUGACUGACUUACACUUAGACCCCACUUACCACAUCACGGAUGACCACACAAAGGUGUGCUCUUCUUCCAAAGGUGCAAAUGCCUCCAACCCUGGCCCUUUUGGAGACAUUCUGUGUGAUUCUCCAUAUCAGCUUAUUUUGUCAGCAUUUGAUUUUAUUAAAAAUUCAGGACAAGAAGCAUCUUUCAUGAUAUGGACAGGGGAUAGCCCACCUCAUGUUCCAGUGGGAGAACUCUCGACAGACAAAGUCAUAAAUGUGAUCGCUAAUAUGACAACCACAGUCCGGAGUCUCUUUCCAAAUCUUCAGGUUUUCCCUGCACUGGGUAAUCAUGACUAUUGGCCGCAGGAUCAACUACCUGUGGUCACCAGCAAAGUGUACAAUGCAGUAGCAGACCUUUGGAAACCAUGGCUAAAUGAAGAAGCUCUUCACACUUUAAGGAAAGGUGGCUUUUAUUCACAGAAAGUUAAUCUGAGCCUUAGGAUCAUCAGUCUGAACACAAACUUGUAUUACGGCCCAAAUAUUAUGACCCUGAACAAGACUGACCCAGGAAAUCAGUUUGAAUGGCUAGAAUAUACACUGAAUAGCUCUCGGCAAAAUGAUGAGAAGGUGUACAUCAUAGCCCACAUUCCAGUGGGAUACCUGCCCUGCUCAGAGAGCAUCACAGCCAUGAGAGAGUAUUAUAAUGAGAAGUUGGUAGAUAUUUUUAGAAAAUACAGUGAUAUCAUUGCAGGACAAUUUUAUGGACACACUCACAGAGACAGCAUUAUGGUUCUUUCGGAUAAAAAAGGAGGUCCAAUAAGUUCUUUGUUUGUGGCUCCUGCUGUUACUCCUGUGAAGGGUGUUCUAGAAAAACAAACCAACAAUCCUGGUGUCAGACUAUUUCAGUAUGCUCCUCAUGAUUAUAAAUUAUUGGAUAUGCUGCAGUAUUACUUGAACCUCACAGAAGCUAAUCUAAAGGGAGAAUCCGACUGGAAGCUGGAGUACGUCCUCACCCAGGCCUAUGAUAUUGAAGAUUUGCAGCCAAAAAGUUUGUAUGGAUUAGCUAAGCAGUUGGCAGUCCUGGACAGUAAGCAGUUUAUAAAAUACUAUAAUUACUUCUUUGUGAGUUAUGACAGCAGUGCAAUGUGCGAUGAGAAAUGUAAGGCCUUUCAAAUUUGUGCAAUUAUGAAUCUUGAUCGUGUUUCCUAUGUAGACUGUCUUAAACAGUAUUACAUCCAGCAUUAUCACUGAUAUUUCACAGUUUGUUUUCAUAGGAAAUGUAACAUUGCUUUGUUUCUGAGAUCGACUUGUGAGAAUUGUUGUGUAAAUCUUUGAGAAUUACUGACUGAGCCAGCAGAAUUCCUGACUUUGCUAUGUCCUUGUUAUCAUGUAUAACAUUGUUGAAAUUGUCAUUUAUAUGGUAAAACCAAAGACUUCUCACUAAAUAUGAGUUAUUCUUUAUUUGAUAAUUUUUAGUCUUAUAAGUCACUCUGGUUAAAACCUCACAUGUAAACGUAGGUUAGAAUUGUUCAUACACAUCAUCUACUCUUUGGAAAACACCUGGGUCUCGUUAGGGCCAUGUCCGAGUCUAUAGAUCAUCCUGGGGCAUGGAUUGCCUAACUUUUUUCACUCUGUGAGUGGAGUGCCUUCGUUAGCAACGCUAAACUUUGAAGGAUGAGAAUGUCACAUGUUGUCCUUUCGGCAACUCUAGGUUCUAGUAUAGGACCUGGCAUUUAGUAAAUACUAGUUGAAAUGAAUCAGCAGGCCUGAGUAUUUCCAAAAAAAGUGUGACAUGAUGCAGCAGUGGCAUUUUCUUUGUCUUAAUAUCCCAAGAGAAAGAGUAUAAAGAUGAGUUUUUAUUUAAUGGGACUGAUGUUAGGGCUCUUACAUGGGCAAGCUGUUGUCAGCUUCCAGGGUAACUGGGAGAAUUGAAGUAGGACAGUGGAGAGGCAGGCUGAGGAGUUUAGGGGAGAAGAUUGUACACCCCAGUACUUUGGCUUGCUGGAGAGACAUACAAUCAGCAAACUUAUAUCAAUUGAUGAAGAGAGUGGAACUCAUCAUCCUACUGACUGGUUGAAUUCAUGUUAAAAAAAAAAAAAAAGACCUGUAGAUGAAAAUCUCAUCAUAAUCAACCCAAAUCAUCCUGAUU